UAUAUUCAACUUCGUGCGUGCGUAAAUUCUACUUGUAAGGAAUCACGUCUCGUCAGCAUUUUUCUAAAGUUUUCUCAUAGUACUAUAAGCGUUUGAAGAAGUCGAUACAAUAUAAACGAAAAAAAUGGCAAAUUACCACAAACCAGAAGCGAAAACCAUUCAAGAAUUGAAAGAUAUUGCGACAAAGUUGAGAAUUCAUUCAAUUAAUGCUACACAAGCUAGUAAAUCCGGGCAUCCAACAUCAUGUUCGUCUAUGGCAGAAAUUAUGUCCGUCUUAUUCUUUCAUACGAUGCGUUACAAAGUUUCGGCACCACGUGAUCCAAGUAGCGAUAGAUUUGUGCUAAGCAAAGGCCAUGCAGCUCCUAUUCUUUAUGCAGCAUGGGCAGAGGCAGGACUAUUUCCAGUAAAUGAAUUAUUAAAUUUAAGAAAAAUUGAUAGUGAUUUGGAAGGACAUCCGACUCCAAGACUUAACUUUGUUGAUGUGGGAACUGGUUCUUUGGGUCAAGGUCUUUCAGUUGCUGCAGGAAUGGCUUAUGUAGGAAAAAAUUUGGAUAAAGCUAACUAUCGUGUAUACUGUCUAAUUGGUGAUGGAGAAGCAGCAGAAGGAUCAAUAUGGGAAGCACUUCACUUUUCAUCUUAUUAUAAGUUGGAUAAUCUUUGUGCUAUCUUUGAUAUUAACCGUCUGGGUCAAAGUGAACCAACAUCUCUUCAACAUAAUAUGGAAGUCUACCGCAAAAGACUUGAUGCUUUUGGUUUCAAUGCAUUGGUUGUUGAUGGUCAUGAUGUAGAAGAGUUGGCUAAGGCUUUCCAUGAAGCACAAAAUACAAAAGAUCGACCUACUGCCAUUCUUGCAAAGACGUUUAAAGGCAAAUAUUUCCCUGGUAUCGAAGAUCUAGAAAAUUGGCACGGAAAACCUCUUGGCGAUAAAGCGAAUGAAGUCAUUCAACACUUAACGGGAAUGUUAAUAAAUCCUGGUCCUUUAGGAUUACAUCCUCAAAAACCAUUAGUCGAUGAUGCUCCGGUAGUAGAUAUUAGUAACAUCAAAUUAGCAUCGCCUCCGUCUUACAAACGAGGAGAACAAGUCGCUACAAGAUUGGCUUAUGGCACUGCUUUGGCCAAGUUGGCAAAGAGCAACCCUCGUGUCAUUGCUCUAGAUGGGGAUACGAAAAAUUCUACAUACGCAGAGAAAAUCAAGACAGUUGAUCCAAAAAGAUUUAUAGAAGGUUUUAUUGCCGAGCAGAAUGUUGUAGGAGUAGCAAUCGGUGCAGCGUGCAGAGAUAGAACCGUUGCAUUUGUAUCUGCAUUUGCUACUUUCUUUACCCGUGCUUUUGAUCAGAUUCGUAUGGGUGCUAUUUCACAAACGAAUGUCAAUUUCGUUGGUUCUCAUUGCGGUGUUUCGAUUGGAGAGGAUGGACCAUCGCAAAUGGGUUUGGAAGAUGUAGCUAUGUUCCGUACAAUUCCCGGUUCCACCGUCUUUUACCCAUCCGAUGCCGUUUCAACGGAGCGUGCCAUCGAAUUAGCAGCUAAUACAAAGGGUGUAUGUUUCGUACGUACUUCUCGUCCUGCCACAGCAAUUUUAUAUAAAAAUGAAGAACCUUUUGCCAUUGGCAAGGGCAAAGUGGUUAGAUCUUCUGGGAAAGAUCAAGUUCUUUUGAUUGGAGCUGGUGUAACUUUGCACGAAGCACUUAAGGCUGCUGAUGAAUUGUCUAACAUCGGAGUAAAUGCUCGAGUAAUUGAUCCAUUUACAAUUAAACCACUCGAUGCUCAAUUGAUUGUAAGGCAUGCUAAAGAGGUUAAAGGAAGAGUUGUUACCGUUGAAGAUCAUUAUGCCGAAGGUGGUCUAGGAGAUGCAGUUCUUUCAGUACUGUCUUUAGAAAGAAAUGUCGUAGUUAAGAAGUUGGCUGUUCACGAAGUGCCACGUUCUGGGCCUCCAAAUGCGCUACUAGAUAAAUAUGGAAUUAGUUCGAACAAAAUCAUUGUUGCUGUUCAAGAACUGUUGAAGUUAAAAAUGUAAUUUUAUAUGAAUAUUUGAUACUGUUUUUAGAUUAAGGAACGUCGCUAUUUCAAAACUAUCAUUUUAUAAGUAAAUAGACAUUGUAUUUACAAGAAGAGUUUUGUAUGAAAUUUAUCGUUACCUAUCUUAAGCGCACAACUUUUUGAUGUUAAA